AUGAGUUCAGGCGUCAUCAUUGGGGUCAUUGUCCUUGUGCUUGUCUUAGUGGGGGUCGCUGGAUUCUACGUCUAUCGUUCCAUGAGGAUCAAGCAGCGAAAGGACGAUGAGAAGCACGUCAUGCAAGACUAUUCGGUCUCCAAGGUCAAUAAUACCAUGGAAUCGAAUCAAGUGUUUGCAACGAACGUCCAAAGUACGCCCAGUUCAUAUGACUUUACUACGUUGGACAUUCCGUCUACGAAAGCUACGCCGGACCCGUUGGCGUCGUCAAUUGCAAUGCUACAUGCUGUACCGGGUAGCUCUCCCAGUCCGUCACAGGAGCCAGUGCGAUAUAACUUUGAUCCAGCACAGUCCACGGUCAAUGGAGCCGUGCCGUCGACGUCACCUUUUAACCGGAAGGAUAACCUGCUAGCUUCACGUCCAAGUAACAGCAACUUUGAUGAUCAGUCAAUGGAGUUUAACGCCGCUACUGGCAGUUAUGCCGAAUCAUAUACCGAGUCGUACGCUGGCUCGUUUGCUGGUUCAAUUGCUGGCUCGUACGCUAAUUCCUUCUCGGGAACGUACAAUGGACAGGGAGUGCUCAAUUCGUUCGAUGGUAGUGUCGAAGAUUUUACUCGAGAUACUGUCGGAACGACUGUGUCCGAGGCACUGGAACGACAGAGCCAACUACCACCAGGUGAUGGUGAACAGUCUCACUGGAUGAAUGACAUGCGCGGCACAAAUGACAGUUAUGCGAUGCUCGAAUCAGGCUCGUUCGAUCGCACAUCGGCUCUCUCGCGCUUUUCCACGGACUCGGAUCUUACCGGCCGCCCCACGCAGACGUAA